AUGUUCAGUCUAGAGGUGGCUCUAAACAAAGAACCAAAAGAGAUAGAAAAGGUUGACGCCACAGACGCUGGUAAUGAAUCAGAUCAAGGCUCGAAUUCAGAAUCAUCGCUGGAGUCUGAAGAAGAUCUGCUGGAUGAUGUUGCGAAUGAAUUUGGAAUCAAAAGAUUUAGUAUUCCCAGUAAGAAAAUUCGAAAAUUGGUAAGUCCUGAAAUGAUUGACCAUAAGGAGAAACUUAAGAAUUUGCCAAAUUUGGAUAGUAGUUCGAAAACUAUUACCAAAUACAGAUUGGUACUUGAUGAAAUAUUCGACAGUUUUCCAACAUUUAAAAAGAUUAUUCUUGAUGACUUCAAUAUUGAUUCAAUAAAGGAAGUCACAAUGCUAUUAGUUUGUUACAAUAAAGCAAGUAAAAUAUUAUUCUACAGAUAUUUGGCUGAUUCAAUCAAACGCAUAUUGAUGUCGAAAACAACUAGUGUUAUCCAUAAUGAAUCGGGAAAACCUACUUUGAAAGAAAUAAACCAAUACAUUGAAAAUAACUAUAAUGCUUCAGAGGAAAUUGUUAAUUAUUUCAAAGGAUUUAGAAAAAAUCGAAAGGUUCUUAAAACAUCUGACCGCAAACGUAAUAUUGAACGGUUUAGAUCAAAAACCGAUCGAAAAAUCGACCUGUUCUUCAGAAGAAUAGACCCUCGUUAUUCCAUUGAAUACUAUCUCUUUGUCGAGUGCAGCAGUGAAGCUAAUAUAAAAGCCUUGGGUCGAGAAUUGAAUGAACAAUACCAGGCGUAUAGAAAGGACCCUUCCAAAGGUGCGGCAAGUAUGAGCCAAACUUACAGCAAAAUGGGUGCUGACCCUGACUUCACAGAACCAUUUUAA